AUGAAUCUCAUAUCUGUCUUGAAGGCCCGUCACCCGAGUAUCAUGACUGGAUCCAAAAAAUCCGACAGCCACACCAGUACGCCGUGCCAAUAUUUCAAGGAUUCAUCAGCGACGAUCACCAUGAUGAGCAUCCAGUGUACCUUAAACGGUAGGCUUCAAAACCACACGAUUUACUGUACCUUCAAAUGCUGGAUGGAUGCUCGACACUCCACGGGUAACGCCGACAUAGACGACAUACUUGUUCGCCACGACGACACGGAAAUUCCCCUCCCGCGCCAUAGCCAAAACCCCGUCGUACAGGGUCCUCAAAUGGUCGUCGACACCGCUCCUGCAGACGGCUUCAUAGAAUUAGGCCCCAUCGCCGCGUCCAACUAUACGCUCAAUCAUCUGCAGACCAUGGCUCUUCAACUCGUUUGCAGCUUUUUAGAUAGGUACACCGUCUAUCCGGACUCGGCUGCCCAACACCUUCAGUACACUGGUGGGCCAGGUGGCACGGGAAAGUCAAGAAUUAUCGACGCCUCAAAGGAUGUGUUCGCAGCUAGAGCUCAACGCCAUCUCCUCCAAAUUACUGGAACGUCCGGUAGUGCCGCAGCCCGGAUCGGCGGAACGACGGUGAAUUCGGCCUGUGGAUUGGAUGCCCAUCGUAGUCCAAACAAACCACUUCCUCCUUUCUCGGAAGCGAAGAAAUAG